AUGGAGGGCCCGGAGGGCGCGCACCGGGCGGCGGCGGGCAGCGGGCCCGGCGUGUGGCGGCGGGGCCGGGCCCAGGGCCCCGGGGACGUCUCGCGGCGAGCGGCCGGGGCCGGGGCGCCCAGUCAUGCAUCUGGUAACAAAAGACAGUCCAGGUCUUUGAUUGACCUCACCUCGGACAGUAACUGGGAUCAGCAAAAACCUCACUUGUUUCCUAAAUCCUGCCUGAGGCCAAAAAGUGCUUCAUCUCCCUGGAUUCCCUCCAUCACCAUCCCUCAGCCCUUCAAAAUGACACUGCGGGAAGCUCGCAAAAAGUCCCAGCUGAUGAAGUCAUACCUGUUUCUUGAACUAGACAAACUGAGAGACAAAAGGCAAAGCCAGGAUGAAGCGGAAUGUCAGAAGCAAUUCCGGGCACAGCCUGUACCUGCCCAUGUGUUUCUGCCCCUUUAUCACGAAAUAAUGGAACAGAAUGAGAUUCGCAGGCAAAUAGCAACACAGAAAAGAAAGGAGCUGCUUCUUUCCACUCAGCGGCCCUUCAGUUUCCUGGAGAAGGAGGAGAAAAAGAAAGAAGCUAUCAGACAAAAGUUCCUGGCAGCAGCAACCCCAAGUGAGAGCUCCAAACCGAAGCAAGCCAGUCAAAAAGUUCCUAAAUCCACUUAUGGUCCACUUCUUGGAGAUAAACUCAAAGAAGCUGAACUCUACAGAGAAAUCCGCAUUCAGAUGAGAGCCAAGGAUUUGCUUGAGAGCUCUGUAGCUCCUAUAGAUACCAGCAACUGUCGGAGGAAGCCUCAGUCCCGAACUGCCACUAAAACUAAGCAGGAAAAACUUGGCUUCUUGCAGGACAAAAGCUUCAGUUUCACACCAAGGAUUAAUCCAACAAUACCAGAUUUUGAAGAACUUUAUUGGGCAUUUCAGAGGGAAGCAAUAAGAAGACAAGAAGUCAAAGAGGCAACUCGUAAUAAGCCGUUCAAGCUACGAACCUCCAAUCUCCGUAGCAGGCAGAGGCAGGCUAAUGAAAGGAUAAAGGAUUCUCAUCAACUUUCCAAAGUUUCGGUGCAAAAAAGUCAUUCUCUGACUGCACUUUCCUCUCUCUCUUCCAACACCCUUCCAGUGCAUAUUACAGAUGCAACAAGAAAAAGGGAAUCUGCUAUUAGAUGCUCCCAAGAAAGCAAAAAGGAAGGAGACAAAGAAGGAAUUUAUUGGCUGGAAGAACAGAAAAAGAAAUGUCAAGCUAUCUGUAAGUCAGUGAACAGCCGAGCAAAAGCCCUGGAUCCGCAUAAAAGUCUGGAUGAAACACUCAAGGAGAAGUUGAAACAGAACUGGCAAAAUAUGAGAGAGAGAACAAAGGAAUACAGAAAGGAGCUGGAAGAAAUGCAGCUGCGAGUCAAGAACAGACCAUACCUCUUUGAACAGGUCACCAAGCAUGAUGCCCGUCAAGGAGCAGAGCGUCGCUACAGACACACCCUCCAGCACGUUGGGCUAAGUGAAGAAUUUGUAAAGAAAAAAGGAGAAGAUGCUACUGACUUGCUGGAAGAAGAAUCUGACAUUCACAGAGUGCCCCAGCCUCAGAGUGAAAAGAACGACUGCACUGUACAGGAAGGAGAACCUCACAAACAACAGAGAGGAGAGGAAAAGGCAACGUAAGAUCUAACAGAAGAAUCCAUGGAUCAUCUCUUGAUUCUUUGAAUUCAAGAUUCUCCAGGUUAAUCCUCAGGAACUUUCUGGUUUCGGCUGACAAUAAUUGCUUUGGGGUAAGUGAGAUGGGAGAACUUAAUAAAGGAAAAAAACGACUGACUGUUGUUUAGAGCACAUUUUGUCCAACCCAGCAAACCUUGCAGCCUCCCUUAGUCUUCACAAGUGUUCCUCAUGUGAGCCAUUUCCCCUUCUUUAAAAGGACUGCAUGAAACAAAACAAGUUAAAAAGGUUGAAGCACUACGUCUGGAUAAAAGUAGACAUGAAAGAUUGAAGAGGUGCAUCCUCUAAUGUCAGCUGCUUGUGUUCAUGCCACAGAAGUGCAAAGAAAGGGAAGCGUUCUUCUCAAUGUGCUAAGCCUUGGUUUAUACAUAACUGGAGUAGAAUGACUUUAAUCAAGGUAUUUCUACAAAAAUAGCAGGAGUUGACCUACCUUGGGAGAAGACUCAUGGGGAAUUUCUUCUCGAGCCUGUUAACUCUUCAUUCACUCAUGACCAUAUCUGCUUCUUCCUCCCAUUAGGAAAAAGCAAUAGUCUUUCUAUAUGAAAAUAUCUCACAUAAGCCAUGAUUUGAAGCUUUGUUUUAACUUCUUACCAAAUUAGGUCAUUAAUUUGGCCUGAAAAAAACAACAGCCAAAAGUAUGGAGAAGGUUAUAAUUAAACAAUGCAUCACUUUGGA